CCCACAUCUGUCCACUAGCUGGCGAGAGCGUCCGUUCAAACAUGGCUGCGUCCAUUGCGCGGUCAUGCUGUCGAGUUCAUUCACGAGUCAUAUUGAGAAAAACAUCUUACCUAAAAACCUCCUUCCAUUGUUCUCCAUCUAGCAGAAGCGGGCUGCUCUUAUCCCUGCAUAACCGAGGCCUCCUGAAGGAGUCGUUCCCGGAGCACGCGGCGCAAGCGGAACUUCCGGAUCUGCUCCAGUCCGCUCCGCAGACCGUCUACUGCGGCUUCGACCCGACCGCGGACAGCCUGCACGCCGGGAACCUGCUCGCCAUCAUCGGCCUGCUGCACUUCAGAGCCGCGGGGCACGACAUCAUCGCGCUGCUCGGCGGAGCCACGGCGCAGAUCGGGGAUCCGAGCGGGAGGUCUGCCGAGAGAGAGCGCCUCUCGCCGGCUGCGGUGGAGCAGAACUCCCGCGGGAUUCUGGAGAGCCUCCACCGGAUCUUCACCCACCACGAGCUGUACUUCUGCCCGGACUCGAGUAGGCUAGGCCGGCUCACGGUGCUCAAUAACCGCAGCUGGUACAAGGACUGGAGCGUGCUGGAGUUCCUCUCGGAGGUCGGCAGGAGUUUUCGGAUGGGAACGAUGCUCAGCCGCCACAGCGUUCAGUCUCGGCUCAAGGGCGCGGAGGGCAUGAGCUUCACCGAGUUCUCCUACCAGAUCUUCCAGGCGUUUGAUUUCUACCGUCUGCACCAGCUGCACGGCUGCAGGCUCCAGCUGGGCGGAGCUGAUCAGCUGGGGAACAUCAUGAGCGGACACGAGCUCGUACACAGGAAGACGGGCGAGGAAGUGUAUGGACUCACGGUUCCACUCGUCACCACCUCGAUGGGCGAUAAACUGGGGAAGACGGCCGGAAACGCUGUGUGGCUGAACAGAGAUAAAACAUCGCCCUUCGACUUCUACCAGUACUUCCUCCGCUUGCCAGAUAAGAGCGUAGAGGGGUACCUGAAGCUCUUCACCUUCCUGUCUCUGGCUGAGGUGGAGAAGGUGAUGGAGCAGCAGAAGCAGGAUCCGGGCAAACGCAUCGCCCACAAACGCCUGGCCGCUGAAGUCACCAAGCUGGUCCACGGGAAAGAGGGCUUCGAAAGCGCCAAAAGGUGCACCAAUGCGCUGUACCACAGUAAUAUUGAGGCUCUGGAGCAGAUGAGUGACACUGAACUCCAGGAGCUUUUCCGAGAGGCUCCGUUCCAUGAGAUUUUCCUGGAUCCAGGAACGACAGUGUUGGACGCCUGCAGGAGAGCACAAGCCAUUCCUGAGGGACCACGCGGGUAUCAGAUGAUCAAGGACGGUGGUGUUUGGAUCAACCACCAGAGGACAGCAAACCCCGAGCAAGUUCUGGUUCUGGGUCAGCACGUUCUCUCUAACGGACUCAGCCUGAUCCGAGUGGGAAAGAGGAACUUUUACAUCCUGAAGUGGCUUAGUAUGUGAAUUGCCAACUUGGAGAUACACAUUUCUGUUCCAUAGACAAACCGACCACCAUCCCAGACUCUUUAAAAUGCAUUUUUGCCUUCAAAACAAACUGUGGAAAAUCCCAGCGCUCGCCAGCAGAGGUCAGUAGAGGUCUGUUUAGUUUCAGGACAGUAACCUGUGCUCUGUCUGCUCCAGCUUCUCAAAGACUUUGAAAUUAUAUGUUGAGUUGAAUUGUGCUGUUGAGAAACCCCCAUGUGAAAGUCUGUGGAUUAUAUCAAAGACGUGAGAACAGACUUUGCCUUGUGUGUGCCUGUUUUAUUUGGACAAAUUGCACGGUUUGAUGUGUGAAUACGCUCCUGAUUUUAAAUCACACUGGAAAACUGGGUUCCGUUCAACUCUUUAAUUAAGUAUAUUACGUGAAAUUUUCCCCAGUUUGGCUUCUGAGGAGAAAAUGACAUGAGUGUGUGAAGCAAUAGGAUGGUAUACAUAAAGGAAAUUAAAUAUGAUUUAAUUUAUACAGUUGAAGUUCAAGCAAAGCGCAUUUUAAAAACCGCAAAUGUG